GGUUGCAUUUCUCUGGGUAGCAGCACUGACUUGCCUCGCAGAGCGCCACCCAUCUUCCCGUAUUUAAACUCCUCUUUCUCCGCUCACCUUUGCAUUUGGACGCGCAUCCUUUCAUCCAGCAGCAGCCCGAGCGUCUCAGUAGCCGGAACCGUGGGCUUUAUAGGGCAAUGAUCUCACUGGAGCUUAAUUUUAAUUUAUUUACGAAUGACCUUUCUCAUUAUCUCAAAAACCAAGUAAAAGUCGGGCUAUUCGGCUCUGGGGUUGGACUAUCAGUGGUGCUCGGUUUCAGCGCCGCUUAUGCCUGCUACUACCUGAUCUCUGUGGCCAAGAAACCCAUACUGAUAGCUGGAGGAAAGAAGUUUCAUGAAUUCCUGAGGGACAAAUGCCCCGUGGUCUCGGAGACAUACUACCCCACGUUCUGGUGCUGGGAGAGCCGGGUGCAAACGCUGCUCAGGCCCUUCGUGACUGCGAAGCCAUGGGUCAAUUACAGAAAUGAGCUCAUUAGAGCACCAGAUGGAGGCCAGAUCUCUCUGGAUUGGUUUGACAAUGAUGACAGCCCGUCCCACCCGGACCAGUCCGCGCGCCCCACCGUGCUUCUGCUCCCGGGACUGACGGGCACAAGCCGCGAAUCCUACAUUCUGCAUAUGGUACAGCAAAGCCGGGAUCUGGGCUACAGAUGUGUGGUGUUCAAUAACAGAGGCGUAUCGGGUGAAAAGUUAUUGACACCUAGGACAUACUGUGCAGCGAACACGGAGGAUCUGGAGGUGGUAAUCGAACAUGUCCAGCGAACCAUUGACAAAGCUCCACUCAUGGCGGCUGGGGUUUCUAUGGGCGGGAUGAUGCUGGCCAACUACCUGGGUCGGAAGGGCUCUGAGGUGCGUCUGAAAGGAGUGGUGGUUUUCUCGGCAGGCUGGGAUGUGUUUGAGUGCACGGCUUCACUGGAAAAGCCCCUGGACCGCUUCCUCUUCAACUCCUACCUCACCAGCUGCCUGCAGGCAUCCGUGGACCGUCACAGAACCAUUCUUGAAAAAAAAUAUGACAUAGACCAUGUGAUGAAGGCUAAAACAAUCAGAGAGUUCGACGAACGUUUCACAUCCAUCAUGUUCGGUUAUCCAUCCAAUGAAGACUACUAUCGAGACGCGAGCCCCAUUCACAAGAUCAAGUCUGUGCAGGUGCCAAUGCUGUGCCUCAACGCAGCGGACGAUGUCUUUUCCCCAAAUCAUGCCUUUCCAGUGGAGGCGGUGAAGCAGAACCCCAACGUUGCCCUGCUCAUCACCUGUCACGGCGGCCAUAUUGGCUUCCUGGAGGGUCUGUGGCCACGGCAGAGCACCUACAUGGACCGAGUUUUUCGCCAGUUCACCAAGGCCAUCUUUGAAGACGGCAGUGGUCUAGAUGAUCUCUACUGACCCUCUCUCUCCAUUCCCUCUACAGCCAUGAGCAAAAAAAUGCGUAUACAUUUCCAAAAUGAAGGGCACAGGUUCACUUGAGGGCCAGGAUUGUUUUUUAGUCUGUUCAUUUAUUUAUUUCUUUAUUUUAGUAGUUUUAAGCACAUCACUUUUAUUAGCGUUCAUGGAACAGAAAUUCUUUGCACAUGUUCCAUCCGUUCAUCCGUCCAUCCAUUGGUGCACUUAUUUGUUUCUUAAUUGCAUGUCUGUGUUUGACUCUCUUAAUUAUAUACUGCUAAAUGUGAUUUAACUAAACAUCCACCUGGACCACUGAAUCACUCAUUAGGUGAAAUUAACAUGAAUCCACAUGAGGAUGUUAUUGUCCAGAAACACAUGGUUUACAGCCUAUUGAAACCUAUUAGGACAGUGUCACAGAGAAAUAUUGUGCAGGUUCACCACUAAAUCAAAAUUUGAAAAAUGAGAAUAUAUGUUUGCAUAAAGAAAAUGAGACCUAAUUUAGGAUUUUUUCUUUGUGACAUUAAUUUCAUGACAAUCAAGUAGAUUUCUCCUCAGCCUUUUUCAACAUAAUGGGUCUCAUUCACUAAACCUGCAAAUCAUGAUUCACUAAAAGUUUUGCACUAAAAUUUAUUCUAAAUUUAAGAAAAAAUGUAGGAACAGCUGAAAGCACACAUAUGCAAAAAUAACUCUCUGGACGGUAAAACGUAUAUUUCAUCUUAAAAUGAUUUCAUCAUAUACAGUGAAAGAAAAACUGCAUUAGACUAUAGCUUGAUCUGCGAGGUUUCUCUGAAUAUCAGCACAUGUACAGCUGGCUCAUGAAAGUUCUGUAAACUAGGUCUGUAUAAAAGGUGUUUUAUUGUGUAUGAACUGAUUUUGAGAACUGAGCACUUGGCACUGCUCAAAGUGAAAGUGCAUCUAAACAGUGCACGCUCUGUGGGGUUGCAUGGAGUAUCUUUGAAGCAAGUGGCGAAAGACUGUAAAGGAAAGUGUGCAGAAAGCCCUUAUAUGGAGAUAUUGGCGUGUUUUAUGUAAAUGACUAACCAUGUGUAUGCGGUGGUUCAUUUGUGACCCUGAACCACAAAACCAGUCAUAGGUGGCAUGGGUAUAUUUGUAGCAAUAGCCAACAAUACAUUGUAUGGGUCAAAAUGAUCGAUUUUCCUUUUAUGCCAAAAAUCAUUAGGAUAUUAAGUAAAGAUCAGUUCCAUGAAGAUAUUUUGAAAAUUUCCCACCGUAAUUAUAUCUAAACUUAAUUUUUGAUUAGUAAUAUGCAUUGCUAAGAACUUCAUUUGGACAACUUUAAAGGCGAUUUUCUCAAUAUUUAGAUUUUUUUUUGCACAAUCAGAUUCCAGAUUUUCAAAUAGUUGUAUUUCAGCCAAAUAUUGUCCUACAUAAUACAUCAGUGGAAAGCUUAUCUAUUUAGCUUUCAGUUGAUGUAUCUCAAUUUACAGAAAAUUGACCAUUAGGACUGGUUUUGUGGUCUAGGGUCACCUUUAAAAUACUCCAAAUUCACUAACUUUAGGACAAAGUUAAGGACCAAUUCAUGUGCGUAUACACGUGUUGUGAAUUAGGCGAAAAGUUUUUAUGAAAAGUUUGAAUGUGCGUAUGAAUACAAAUAAUCUAAGCAAUUAUUAGUGAAUGAGACCCACUGUGUUAUUAAAUAACCCUUUAAUUAAUUCCAAAUACUACCAUGAUAUAUAAUUAUAUUAGUACUAAUGCACAUUACAAUUUAAAUAUAAUUUUUGCUUUUUUAAAAAAAAAAAAAAAAGCUUGUGCACUUUUUCACCCUUAAACUGAAGCGCAUUAGCACUGAUCAAUAAUGUCUAGUUCCAAAAAGAAGUGCAAAACCUGUGCUAACUGAAAGAAAAUAAGUUAAAAAAAAAGAUUAAAUCCAAUAUUUCAUGACAAUAGAGCAUAAUGUGAGAUUCACAAGUCAUUUAAAGGAUUUUGGUCACAAGGUCCAGUUCUCACUAUUAACAAACCAUUAACUACGGACCUCAAUAGACUUCUAAUUUGCUGCUUUUUAAUAGUUGUUAAGUUUUGGGUAGGUAUUGGGUAGGAUUAGGGAUGUAGAAUACAGUCAUGCAGAAUAGGUGCUUUAUAAGUACUAAUAAACAGCCAAUAUGUUAAUAAUAGGCAUGCUAAUAAGUAACUAGUUAAUAGUGAGAAUUGUUCCCUAUACUAAAGGAUUUUCAACACAGCACAAGGGUUAAUUGUCAUGAAAAUAAUGCAAAAAAAGGACAAUUUAUAUAUGGAAAACACCUGGACAUGUUUUUAUGAGAUGUUGUCAAAUUGCACUACUGUAGAAAUGAUUGUAGCCAAGAAUGUUGGAGGGCAUUUGUGCAGUUAUUUUGUGCAAGACUACAAACUUCAAAAUCGGCCCAUGAUGCAGUGAAACCACAUAUAAGCAAAGAGGGCACAGUCCAGCAACAUAAUCACCUUCUUAUGUAAACAUAAAGGUUUAAUUCCUUGGUUAACAUUUUAACUUACAACAUACAAGCGACCAGUUAUCUUUAGCAAAUUACACACUGCAUCCAGGCUUUAUCGAUUCAGUCCCUUAUAGUGUUAAGAAAGGAAGAUUUAGCUAUUAUUGUCUUUACAGUAUCAACUGAAGUAUUACUGAAGUGUGUGAAGCCAGUAGAGAGAUAUUUCCAAUUCCUCACUAACUUGAUGUUUAAGUCUUUUAACUGUCUGUAGCUUUGUAGCCCUCAGGGACUAACCCCACUUUCUUUGUGUUUCCUGUUAGCUUGUGUUUUUAGGGCAAGAAAAGAUUGUAUCAUAUCACAGUUUUUAUUUUUCAUAAGAAUGUAUCUACCGCAUGCACUUUUUUCUCAUUCAUCACUGUUAUAUUGACAUUGACUAGUUCAGCAUUGUAAAUUAAUCUUUUUUUUGACUAGGAAUGUUGACAAUUGCACUAAUUUUAGUUGAAGGCACUAAACCUGUGUAGCCCUGUAAGUAAAGUGCGUCUUCUUUAAUCGGACUGACGUAGCUUCAAGGAUUCUGUGAAUGUGAAAAUGACUUGAGCUACUGUUUGUCUAAACUAAAAUAUGCUUGCUUUGAAUUUACUUCAGGCUCAAAUUGCUUUUUAUAUGAUGGCGCCAUUGAAAUCCUACCAACAGCUCCUUAAAUGAUAUUAAAAAAUAAGAAAAAAACGGAGCGGUCAUUAGUUAACGUGAGAAUGACAGGAAUAGUUCAGCCCAAAAUGAUGUGUGUAUGCCAUUGCGAUGGCAGCGAUUUUAUGAGGAAGCUCUUUAUAAAUGAUGUAACUAUCCAUUCCCGAAUAGAAUUGUGCAUAGGGAUUUUCAUGGAGGAAUGAUAUGAUGUCCAGAACUAGACAUUAGCUAUUGAAACCUAUGAAACCGCCCAGCCAUGUGUUGUAUAUUGACCUUCGUCUGUUCUUAUGACGGUGCUGCUUCAUAUUGCGCUUCUAACUGUCGACCGCAUCUGCUCCUGUGGACUUGAAAAACGCUUUCCUCUCUGCUUCCCAUCCAUCCUGUUUCUGAGUAGCAUGUGUCACUGUUCUAAGUGUCUUGAGUAACUAUACCGACAUGCAUCGCAUAACCUGUAGCACAACGGACAUAUUUUUCCAUGAAGAUGUCUUUCCUUUUAUAGAUUUAUAAAAGGAUUGUGUAUUUAACAUGUGCAGCAAUAAGAUUUUAAUACAAGAUCUAUGUCUGUGUAGAAGAAAUAUAUGCACAUGUACUUGUAUGGAUUAUAAGUGCAUUUGUGGUCUUAAAUAAAUGAUGGAAUUCAACCGUA